GACGUCGUCGUCGUGGCACUCGUACAGUCCGCAGAGUGAGAGAGCGAAACGCAAACGCGAAAAAAUCAGCAGCCGCCGCAGCACAAUAGUAGUGUUAUUUUGUUACCUUUUUUUUGGUUUUUUAAAUACCAAAUCGCGUCACCCUUGCCUAUCACGUCUCUGUGUGUGUGACAACCCACAUAGAAUUGUUACACCUUGAAGUGAAUAAAUAUUGCAAAAUAACAACGAAUGUUUGAGCGGAUCAUUCAGAAAAUUGGUUAAAGUUUUUUUUGUUUUUUGUAACCAACCUGAAGUCAAAUCAUCGUAAAUCAUGCAACAAAUGCAACAAAAGCAGCAGCAACAGCAGAAGUUACAGUUUGUUUUGUCCACUGGGCGGAAAUAAAAACAAACCCAAUAAUAUCCCUUUACAAAAAAAACCAAAGAACGUGUGAUUCAGUGAGAAAGAGAGCAACGCCGCCACAAGGGGAGAGAGAGAUCAAAGAGAUAACAGAGAGCGUGCCACAUCCGCGUCAUGUCGGACGAGGAUGUGCAGAUCACUAGCGUCGUGGACGCCAACGGUCAAUCACUGCCACUGCAAGGCAGUAGCCUGGGCGGAGCUCCUGGUACCGUAAAGCAGGAGCGUGCUGACGAUGCCGAAAUCCGGGAGCUGGCCGCCAAAAUGAAGGAGCAGCAGAAGCACCAGGCCGCCCAGCUGGCCAGCCGCCAGGCCAUGCAGCAAUCCAAUGGUGCCGGCUCUGGCGGUGGGGCCAUGCAGCCGCCCAUCACCAACGGCAAUGGACAGACGAACAUCAUGAGCUACUUGUCACGCCACCAGAAGCUUCCCAACGGUACCAUGCAGGUGGUGCCCGCCCUGGCCCCUAACGGACAGCGGGCCAACGGGUCGGUGCUGAUACAAAAUCAGGCCGUUGGCGCAGGCGCAGGUGGAGGAGAAGGCGCUGAGAAGAAAUCAUCCGCGGGUGGGCCCUGCGACGAGGAGUCGAUCAUGGGUCGCUUUGGGUGGGCACAGUUCGGCAAAGUCUCCAUACCGUACAUCUACCGGCAGACGGAGAAGUACUGCUCGGUGCGGAUGAUCGAGCUGAAGCUCCUCGGCAAGUACCUCAACUGUUUGCAUCCAGACAUCUACUCCAGUUGCACGUGCGUGCGCAGCUACUAUAUCACAGACUCCGAGGCGCGCCUCUUCAUUGAGGUGAACCACAAGCACUGCGAUGGCGAGUUUGGACGCGACAUAUUCACCCAAAAGGAUCUGGUGGUGCGGCUAGGUGACGCUUCCAAGUUCUUCCAGUUCCUGGACAUCUGCUACCGGAAGCUGGUUACCGGCAGCAAGACGCCCUCGGAGAAGUGCGGCUUCAUCCGGAUCAACAAGGAGUCAGUCGUCCCGUACACGGUGCGCAACAACCAGCAGGUGGUGCCGCUCUUUUACUUCGAGGGCGAGACGGAGAACCUCAAGACCAAGGCCGAGCUGCUCAACGGCUGGGACCUGGCCUACCUGAAAUUCUGCUGCAAGGUCCAGGGCAUUCGUAACGAGCUCUUCUCCAGCGAGAACGUCGCCGUCAUCUCGCUAACGGACAUCAAAAGCUACUUCCCCAAUGGAACGGAAUUCGAAGACUACUGGCCUAGCAAGGUGGUCGACUCCAACCUGCUCAUUGGCAAUCGGGCCAACGUAAACAACUCGGUCAAUUGGACCCGCCAGCCCUCCGCACCGCCCCCAAAGAUCACGACCACUGUGAGCACCAACCCCUCCAGCAACGCCGGCACUGCCGGCAGCAACUCCACUAACAGCGGCGCCAGCGUCGGUGGUAGCGGCGGGGGCGGUGGUGUGGGCGUACAAAAGUCCCAGCAGUCCCAGCAACACAACACAGCUGCCGCCGCACAGCAUCUAAUAAAGCAGCGCGCUGCGGCGGCGGCCAACGCCAAUGGCGUCUCAAAUACAAGUGGCUUCGGCGCAUCGCAGGCAGCGGCGGCAGCAGCGGCCGCCUUCAAUACUCAAGCUGUUGCAGCGGCGGCCUCGGCAGCGAUGAUGCAGCAGACAGCGGGCAGCAACCGCAUGCUCUCGCAGGCGACGGUCCAGGCGCUGGCAAGUAGCGGCUGGAUGUCGGGGCAGAGUAACCUGCAGCUGCACGCCCAAAUGAUGGCGCAACAGUCACACGCGGCGAGCGCGAACCGCGCGGGAAGCUACCGCGAGCAUAUGAACAACCUGAUGAUGAGUGGUAGCAGCCGUCAGUCGUACUCCUACAACAAUCCUGCGAUCUCCAUGUCCUCGGUGAACAGUCACAGCGCCAGCGGCGGGGGGAACGCCCCACCGCCUUUGGUCCGUUCCGCUGCCGGCCAGAAUGCCAAUCACAUGUCGAAUGUCGAGCAAUCACUGGUGCAACUACAGCAACAACAACAACAGCAACAACAACAGCAAAAGACUCAACAAAACCAAAACCAACAAUCACACCAACAGAAUAACCAAAACAAGAACAUCCAUAGCACCCAUAACACCAACACCAACACCAACACCAAUAAUAGUACCUACAAUCAUUCCGGCCACGCUCUUGCCAAAAGCCUCAGCAACCACAGCGUUGGCGGGAUGAAGAAAAGUACCGCCUCCUCCUCCUGCGCCUCCAUCAACGUAAACGUAAACGCCAGCGUCAACGUGAACGUCAACGCCAGCGCCAGCGCCAGCGCCAGCGCAUCCCAAUCUGCCGCUGCCAUGGCAGCCGCUGCCGGCUAUGUUCAGGCCCUGUUAGGCGGAGUUGCGACCGGUGGCGGCAACGCGGGUAACUCCUUCAACUACAACCUGCCUUCGACCCGGGCGGACUAUACGAACCUGGCACUGUGGAACCAGCUGACGCCAGCCCAGCGCCUGCUCUUUAGCCAGCAGCUUAAGGGUUGCACCAGUGGGAGCGGUGGAAGUGGUGCAGCUAGUUCAGCCAGUGUUGGCUCUCAUCCAGUAAUCGCAGGAGGAGUUGGAUCAGGCAGUUCAGGCUUGGGACAGAAGAGCUUUCCGGCACUGCCUUCCCUGCCGCUGGACACGGACUUGAUCACGAUGCUCGACUACAACAAUCCCAACAAAUCUUCCUCCCUCUCGGCCAGCAAGAGCUCCAAGUCUGGGAGUGGGAGUGGCAGUGGUAGUGGCGGAGUGACCUUUACGAAACCCAAUGUCCCACCACUGAUACCAGAUGGAGGGGCCGGCGGAGGUGGAGUGGGAGUUGAGCAGAUAAGCUCGGGCAAGAGUCGUAGAGGAGGAGGAGGAGGAGGAGCCGGCGAUGGGUCCGGUGGGGCCACCACCAUAUCACUGAACUCCUCCCAGGCGCUAGAGGACUUCGAGAAGAAGCAGAAGAUGACGGACGAGAUGCGGGCCGUUAUCCAGAAGGUCCUGGCCAAUCCGGAUCUCUCCACCUUUAUCCAGACGAAUGCGGCGGCAGCCUCCAACCAUAGUCAGGGCCACCUGGUCCCCUCCUAUAUUUCCCCUCCAAUGUCCCCGUCGGUGGGCGUGGGUCUUGGUGGCAUGGGUGGAUCCCUAGGCAUAGGCGGUGUAACCACCCUGUCGCUGGCCUCCAACCCGAAUGUGACCAUCACGCCACAGCUGCCGGGGCACUUCCUGCACUCACCCUCCAGCUCCUGUUCCAGCUCGAGUGCCUCUACUACGGCCGCCUCACCGCUCGGCAAUAGUCAGGGCCAGGCUCCGGGUGGUGUCGGCACAGUGGGUGGAAAGGGGGGAGUGGGGCGCCAGAAGAGCGUGAUCUGCUCGACCAAAUCCAACAAUCUUCCCUUGGCCGUCGUCUCCCUAGCCUCAACCGCAAACUCGCCCCAAGGCAGUGCGGGGGGUCGUCGCGGGGGGUCCGUCAAUUACGGGCGUCAGACACACAGCCAUAGCCAUAGCCAUAGCCAUAGCCAUAGCCACCACCAUCAUCAUCCCAACACACAUGCGCAACAGUUUAGUGGUAGUAGUAAUAGUAGUAGUAGCCACUAUCAGCAGGACGGCAAAAAUCCUGUUGCCGGUUCCGGUUCGUGUUCGGGUUCGGGCACUCCCAGAACCACACCCACUGACGUUAUCGAUUUGUCCUCUUCCCGAAGGUCUCUGGCAGCGUCAGCGGCUUACCUGCAGCAGCACCAGCAGGCGGCUGUGGCGCAGCAGCGCAUGGCGGCGGUGGCCGCCCAUCAUGCCCAGCAGAACGGACGGAGUUCAUCGAAUGCCGGCGGUGGCGGAAGCACUGGCAGCACCGGCGGCAGCAGUAGCGGCAGCAACUCGUCCUCCUCGGGAUCGGCGUCGGCAAACAGCGCAUCCCUGCACCUGCAACGCCAUGCGGCGCUGGCCCAUGCGGCGGCGGCCGCCAGUGCGGAUGGUGCCCAGCGGCUAUGCGUGAUUCCGGAGAUACCCACAAACAACAUGAACCUCCAUCCGUACAAGAUUCAGAAGGUGUGCGUCGACAAGCACCUGGUGCCCUGCAUCAACAUGAAGGCCUACAACGACUCCGAGCAGCUGAUGACUCUCAUUGAGUUCCAGAAGAACUUCUUCCCCUCAGUGCCGCGCGAACACUGCAAACGGCUGAUCGAAGCUCUUGGCGUAGAGCUAUACAAGGCGAACCGCCGACAAGUGCAGAUCCUGAUGGAGUACGAUCGAACCUACACAGAGGAUAUGCCGCUCGUACAGGUGCGCGAUAUUAUCAAAUACAUGACGCAGCUGACCUUCAUGACACGCCAGUCAGAGCAGCCGCCGGCUAAGCGGACGCGAACGAGCUAGGAUUUAAGCUGGGGAGCACAACAUUUGCCACCAACAACAAUCACAACAAGUACCACAACAGCCAACACAGCCACAAGAACAUCGUUAUCAAUUACAGCUGCAGAAGCAGCACCACCAGCAGCAGUGGCAGUGGCAGCGUCACCACUGAGAAGAAGAGCCACCACACCGCCACACAGCCUGGGCAGUGAUGUGCUGCCAGCCAAGCGAAAGUCGAGUGCAGCUUUAGCACCGCCUCCAGCACCACAGCAGCAACAGAAGCACCACAAUCACCACAAUCACCACCCAGCACAUCAGCAGCAGCCAACCCAACACUUUCAGCUACAGCAGCAGCGAACACACAACAGCAACACAUACGAAAUGUUGUACUCCCACAACCAACACCCGCACCACCACCAACAGCAGCAGCAGCAAAUACAACAACA